CAGCGUGGCGGAAACGUGUGAAGAAGAAAAAGAAGUUGUCCGUCGCGCAGCUGCACGUGUGGAAGUAACGUUAGUGUGUCCAUCCAGUGUGUGAGGAAGAGAAGCAGAGGAGCACAGCAGACAUAUUUAACACUUCACACAGACAGCAUGAGGCCAGGGUUCAGUCCGCGUGGUGGAGGACGAGGUAGUGGCAGAGGUGGAUUUGGUGACCGUGGUGGACGGGGAGGAUUCGGCGACCGCGGAGGACGGGGAGGAUUCAGAGGAAGAGGUGGAGGAUUCAGGUCCCCAGAGGGUGGAGGAUUUCGGGGCAGGGGUGGUGGCAGAGGCACCCCGAGAGGUAGAGGAGGGCGGGGAGGCCGAGGCGGCUUUGGAGCAGGGAGGAAGGUCUUGGUUGAGCCACACAGACACGAAGGUGUGUUUAUCUCCAGAGGGAAGGAGGAUGCCCUGGUGACAAAGAACAUGGUGGUAGGAGAGUCCGUGUAUGGAGAGAAGAGGAUCAGUGUGGAGGAGGGUGAGACAAAGAUUGAAUACAGAGCCUGGAACCCAUUCCGCUCCAAGCUGGCAGCAGCCAUCUUAGGGGGAGUGGACCAGAUCCACAUCAAGCCUGGAGCAAAGGUCAUGUACCUGGGGGCUGCCUCUGGCACCACAGUGUCCCACGUUUCUGAUAUAGUUGGACCGGAAGGGCUGGUCUACGCUGUGGAGUUCUCCCAUCGAUCAGGUCGUGACCUUCUCAAUGUGGCAAAGAAACGCACCAACAUCAUUCCAAUCAUCGAAGAUGCUCGCCACCCACACAAAUACCGCAUGUUGGUUGGCAUGGUGGAUGUUAUCUUUGCUGAUGUUGCCCAGCCUGACCAGACAAGGAUUGUUGCGUUGAAUGCUCACAACUUCUUGAAGAACGGAGGUCACUUUGUUAUCUCAAUCAAGGCUAACUGUAUAGACUCGACAGCUGCUCCAGAGGCAGUGUUUGCCUCAGAAGUGAAGAAGAUGAGCUCUGAGAACAUGAAACCACAGGAGCAGCUCACACUGGAGCCCUAUGAGAGAGACCAUGCUGUGGUGGUUGGCAUCUACAGACCACCACCUAAACUGAAGAAAUGAGGAGUGGAAGAAACCUCUGGAGACCCAAUUACCUUUAUUCAAGAACCAUCUACAUUGUCAGUGUUGUAUAUUGCCCUCCUCUCCUAAUUUGAUAGUAGCUGUAUAACUGUUGUGUUCCCAGAGUAUGAAGCAGACUUAUUGUAAUUUACAAUUUGUGCUUGAUACAUUUUUUGUUUUUGUUUUUUGACAUACCCAAGAACUUUAAUAAAAUGUUUGAUUCUUAUUUUA